AUGUCUCAAACGCAACUUCAGCUCAUUUCGUCAGUGUCCUCAUCUCAUGUCAACCACACCUCUCUAAAGGGAGCCACGCCGGCCAACGCCCGAUUACAGUACGUCCACAUGGCGCCGAGUCUCGCCCGCCUCACGAUUCUGCUUUUCGGUCUUUCCUCCUUUGCCGCAGGCCUCUAUUCGCUGCUGCGUCCGCUGCAGUCCCUCGACUCUCUGGGCCUGCCGCGGUCGGCCCUCCCGGCGGCGAACGGCAAUGCCCUCGCCGCCGUAGCCAUGGGCGUCUAUUACAACCUGGCCGCCUUCCAGGACAACCGCGCGUUCUACCUCGCCACGGUGCCCAUGCGUCUGACGACGACUGUGGUAUUUUGGCGCCAGGACUGGAAGGGCGUGGCUUGUUGGGAAGGCGGGUGUGCGGUUGCGACGCUCCUGGCGUUGUUUUGGGAUGCUAGGCAGGAGAAGAGAAAGACCAUGUGA